AGUGUAUUUACACGCGCGUAUGUGCGGUCGCGUGUGUGUGCGUUUUCGCGUGCAUUUCGUCACAUUGACGUUGUUGUGUGCGACCGACGUAGACCGAACGGGGCAGUGCGUGGGAGAAAGAGCGAGACGGAACCCGCGGCUCGAAAUCACGAAACGGAAAGUGGGAAAAGCCCAUAAGAGUCGUCCCCGGAGCUGCUGAUCUCGUCGCGUCCGGUUUUGUGGCCGGCGAAAUUCUAGUGCGGCGCGAGUGUGUGCAUGAUAAUAAUAUAGAUCGUAAGACAUUAGUGUAAUAAUUUUUGUUUUUUUUUUAGGCAUUUAAUGUUAAUUAUAUGGGAAAAAUGAUUUGUUGAACCGUUCGCCCGCGGUCCACGCGCAUCGAUUUUUAUUACCUAUCGUUUGUCGCGAACGCCUUUGCCUUAUCGUAACGACCGGCGCUCACGUGUGUACGAAAUUGUUUUCCUUUGUCGGCGUAUUUAUUGUUUAUCUUCCCGUUGAAUAAUUUCGAUUUUCACUCGUCCAGCAGCAGCAGCAGCAUCAGCCGGUCGACAGUUACCAGGUCUUUUUUUUCCGGCCACCUAAGAUUAACAAUAUGACCAACACCAAACGCUGUCCGGUAACCGGAUUGUACGUCUUGUAGACGCCACUGCAAAACGUCAUCCGUUCUCCAGAAAACUGUCUGCACUAGUACCUACAUACUGGGACAACUACUACAGUCACCACACAGAUCUAAAAGAGAAGAUAACAAUAAUAAACAAAAAAAAUAAAAAUGGCACAACUAGUCUUAAACUUUAUCGACAGUUACCACGACAUAAUGGACAACAAAAGUGAUCCCAGAGUAAACGGCUGGCCGAUGUUGUCCAGUCCAUUCCCGACGCUGUUUAUUUGUCUGUUCUAUGGCUACUUUGCCAAGACGCUCGGGCCAAGACUGAUGGAAAACCGAAAACCUUUUCAACUUAGAAAAGUUCUCAUAGUUUAUAAUGCAAUACAAACGAUGUUCAGUGCUUGGAUAUUCUAUGAAUAUAUGAUGAGCGGCUGGGGAGGAUCGUACAGUCUAAAAUGUCAGCCGGUCGACUAUUCAUAUAGUCCGAUGGCCUUACGAAUGGCCCAAACUUGCUGGUGGUACUAUAUUUCUAAAUUCACCGAAUUUUUCGACACGUUGUUUUUCAUACUCAGGAAGAAGAACCAACAAGUGUCGACGUUGCAUGUCAUCCACCACGGAUGCAUGCCCAUGAGCGUCUGGAUGGGAAUGAAAUUCGCCCCCGGCGGCCACAGCACUUUCUUUGCGUUGCUCAACACGUUCGUGCACAUCGUUAUGUACUUCUACUACAUGGUGUCGGCGAUGGGACCUAAGUACCAAAAAUACAUUUGGUGGAAAAAGUACCUCACCUCAUUCCAGAUGCUACAGUUUGUAUGCAUUUUCAUCCACCAGUUCCAACUGUUGUUCCGUGAAUGCAACUACCCAAAGAGUUUCAUGGUUUGGAUAGGCCUACACGGCGUCAUGUUCUUGUUCCUGUUCUCAGACUUCUACAAAUCCAAAUACACCAGUGACGGUAAACGGAGACCGGCAAACGACGGAGCUUGUAUGCCGGUGGAGGGAGCGAGUUACAGCAAGUGUUCCUCCAACGAACACGACAACGUCGUGUACUAUUCGAACGGCAUCGUCAACGGUUUCAAAACGACUGAAGACGCCAAAACCAAAUAGUUAUGGGCCGAUACGAUUAAAACGUUCCUAACCGAAUGGAGGAAAACAGCUGGCGGAUAUAUGACACAAUCACCAAUAAUAUAAAGCACACUCAAAACAAAAUAAAAAUAAUGAAACACAAUAUAUAAUAAUAUAAAAAUGAAUUAUUUGAAGAAAAAAAAAUGUCCAUAUAAUAAAAAAAUAUUUAAAACAAAAAAAAUUAAAAAAUUAAAUUUAAAAAAAAAACGAAAAAAAUGUGUAUAACAUGCAGCAGUAAGACUUUUACGCUGUUCGUCUGAGGUAUUAUAUAUAUAACAACAAAUCUAAUACGUAUAAACAAAUAUAACUAAACUAAAACGAUAAUAUUUUGUAUUGAAUGUAUAAUAUGCAAAUUAUGUACAAUAUUGUAUAUUAUACGUAAAUACUUAUAUAUUAUUUGAUUUAAAGAUCCAUUUAGAUUUUCAAUUUUAAUGUAGUGCAUUAUUAUUUUUUUUUUUUUUUAUACGAAUUUGUAAUAAACGGUUUUUUUCCUCAUUGGAACCCAGUAUUAUUCGCGAAUUGGUGUGAAAAUGUGUGCAAUGCUUGAAGUACUUAUAUAUUGUUAUCGGUAGGUAAAUUUCGGGGGAUGGGUAUAAGUAUAUUGUGUAUGUCUAGAGCAUCGAAUAACCUUUUUUUUUUUUUUAAGUAACUCAUACACUUUGUUAUGAUAUAUAUAUAUUAUAUACUUAACGUUCGAAUUAUAUAUACCCAUCCCGGUGGAAUUCUCUCUCUUGUUUUCACUCGAAAUAUAAUAAAUACGAAUCAAUAAA